AUGACCGUACACUGCGCCGGGCCGCGUGAGUUCUGGCAACUGGCGACGAACCCGGCGAACGAGCUUCUCGGUAAUCGAAAAAGUAAACGACUGUGGGAAGUGUUUUGGAGAACGGAAGAUCGUCACCCGCGGGUCACCUGCCGAGCUCAGAAAAGUUUCAAAAUGCUCUUCCGCGACCCCGAAGGUGAAUUGUUACAUUCCCCCAACGGGCCAGCAGUUCGCGACGAUGACCAAACCGACAAGCGGGCGUUUCUUUUCUUCAAAAGCAAGAGCAUGAUCAUUUUGCCCGAAAAGAUUCAAGAAGAGCCAGGACAGCCGGAAAAACACAUCAGAAUCAAAGAAAAGGAAGAUGCAGGAGUCCACGUGAGCGUGGCGAUAAACGGAAUCGUCGCCACCUUCGACCUCAAAGCAGCUCAAUUCGUGCGGCAACUACAGCGGCUUGUGGCGGAUUUCGCCAGGAGAAAGAACAUUUGGCACGACGGAGAAGUUGAGCUCUUUUGCGGAGAAAAAAGCUUCAGCCGAGCGAGGAAAUAG